CAAUCUUUGUUAAGUCCGCCUGGUAGAGUAAGAAUAAGCUCAAUGAUUAGCAAAACAAUAAAUAAAUAAAUAGAUCGAUCACUAGUUUUAUUAGGUUGGAGUAGUUGUUGAAAAUGGUAAAAAAAAUAAUGAUAUUUCUAUUCAACAUAGUAAUCAUAAUACGAGAUAACUAAACCAACGAAUUGUUAUCGGCAAAACAACAAAUUAAUAAAAUCGAACGAAGUGUUAGAACGAAAUGUUGUGAUCAUAACUCCGACACCUACAAAUGGACCGCCAUACUUUUUAUACUUUCACUUUAAAACCUACCAAAACCCCUAAAUUAAAUUUAUACGUGUCUAUAUAUACGAUCUCUCGUCGAGACACCAAUUAAUUUUGUAUAAAGAUUACAAUUCUCACAAAACAUGAAAACUCCCAUGAGUUCUUCUAUCACGUUUGCACUCGUCUUCUUUCUCCUUUCUCUCAACCCAACUUCAUCAUUACCGUCCAAACGCGAAAGCUACGUUCAAAACGCGUGUAGUGUUACACGCUACCAAGACCUCUGCGCUAAAACGCUAUUGCCGUUUGCAUCAGUCGCCAAGAACAGUCCCAGCAAAUGGGCACGUGCCGGCGUUUCCGUUGCCAUAACCGACAACAAAGACGUCCUUAGACACCUUCUCAAAACGAGGCUUUCAACGAUUGGGAAACGAGACCGAAUCGCUUUGUCGGAUUGUCGCGAACUUCUCCAAGACUCUCUUGAUAGUCUCCACAAGUCCUUGGCCGUCCUCCGGACACUCAGAGCCAGCGAGUUUCAGCAGCAGAUGAGUGAUCUUGCUACGUGGCUUAGCUCUUCCCUCACUGACAAGGACACGUGUCUUGAUGGGUUUGAAAAGACAUCGACGAGGUCAUCAUCAACGGUCAGGAUGAUUCGGAAGAGAGUCACGACGUCUAUGUACUUGUCCAGCAAUUCUCUCGCACUCCUCAACAAGCUAGCGGCUAAUGGUUUGUAAUCUCUUAAAUCAUAAACUUUUACAAAAGCUUUAAUUUUCCAUGAAAGUGUAAGAUCAUAUUAUUAAUAAGGUGGUUCAUGGCUGAUCACUACGAUAACUGUAUCUCUCUCAUUAUAAUGGAAUUAUUUACAGGCGAAAUAAUAAUGGGCCUAAUGUCCUAUAUUGGGCCAAUGUUAUUAGUCAAGUAUUGUCAUUUUUAUUCGACCGUC